UAUAUCCUGCUCUUGGCACAUGCACAUCGGCGCCACCCGUCGGAAAGCGCGUUCUCGCGUCAAGGGGCCUUUUUUCGCUGUGUUUUUCGUUUGCUCUCGACCGCGCAGUACCGCUCGCGACUCGCCCUUGGUAGCAGAUCGUCUGUUCGCGCGAGAGAAAAAAUUUUGCUACAGAAAGACAGAGAGAGAGAGAGAGAGAGAGAGAGGGGACAGAGAAUCGCGUGUACGCAAAUUAAUAACCGACAAGUUCUCGGGCAAUGACGAUGGAGCUGGGUCUGGCGCCGAAGACUAUCAAAUAUUUGAUAUUCGCUUUCAACCUGUUCUUCGUGAUUACAGGAAUAGUUUUACUAUCAAUUGGCCUGGUCAUUCAUGGAGUAUAUUAUCAAUACCAACAUUUCCUUGACAACAGCUUUUUUUCCGUGCCUUCUCUUCUCGUAGCCGUGGGCUCCAUCAUUUUUAUCAUCGCUUUCUUCGGAUGCUGCGGAGCUGUUCGCGAAAGUUAUUGCAUGAUUAUAACGUUCUGCACGCUUCUAGCUGCAAUCUUCCUCUUGGAGGUUAUAGGAGGCACGAUGGGAUACGUGAUGAGGGCACAAGUUGCGUCAAUUGCCGAAAAAAAGAUGCUAGAGACCAUGCCCAAGUAUAAUGACAGCAAAGAGAUCGCACAAGUGUGGGAUCAUCUACAAAGAGACCUUAAAUGCUGUGGCACUCUCAACUAUACGGAUUGGCUGGAAGAAAAGAAUAAUAUAUCAGGUAUCCCGAUGUCAUGCUGUGACAACACAAUAGGCGCCGUCGGCACGUCAAAUUGCACUAUGAAAUCACCGACUUUGCAUCAGAAAGGCUGCAUGGACGCGUUCGUAGGUUUCGCGAAGGAACACGCAGCCAAGAUAGCGGGUGUUGGAAUAGGCCUUGCUAUAAUUCAGCUGGUGGGAAUUUUCUUGUCAUUCUACUUAGCCAAAUCGAUCAAGAAUUCUUACGAGACUAUGUAGAAUAAAGUGUGAAAGUGUUAAACGCACCGGAAGCGGCAUUACAUUCCUAGACGACAGCCGAACAGGAUUUCCAUUAGGAUAUGAGGAUGUUGCAUGCAUCUGAUUGAAUUGAUCUGAUAUAUCGUGCGAACGCAUUAUUUGUCUUUAUAAGAGUAGUAAAUUAUUUUUGCUACAUUGCGCUGUACACGAAUCAUGCGUGUUUUUAAUAAAAUCUUUACUGUCCUAUCUGUUUA